AUGGUGGGCGUGCUGCUGCUCCUCCUCCUCCUCAUGCCGGCGUCGGCGUCGGCAAUCGGCCACGUCUGCGGCCGCGCCGGCAACUACACGGCCAAAAGCACCUACCGGUCCAGCCUCGCCGUGCUCAACGCUACGUUCCCCGGCAACGCCUCCUCCUCCCCGCAGCUCUUCGCCACCGCCACCACCGGCGUGGUGCGCGCGCUCGCGCUCUGCCGCCACGACACCACAAACCUCACCGCGUGCAGAGAGUGCGUCGCCUCCUCGUUCACGUACGCGCAGAAGAUGUGCCCGAAACAUGAGGCCGCCACCGUCUACUACGACUACGACGAGGUAAAUGUCACGCGGCCAGGGUGCCUCCUCGGCUUCUCCGGCGACGGCGGCUUCCUCAGCCCGGGAUCCACUGUCACCUGGAACGACACGUUCUUCCAGUUCUUUAACCCGGUGCAAAUCCCGGGCAAGGCUGGGGUUGUCGCUGCCGCCGUCCGCCAGCUCCUGACGCAGACGGCACGGUACGCGGCCGGCACGGCGAGGAGGUUCGCCACAGGGUCCAUGGACUCCAUUGGCAGUGCCGCACCGACACUCUACUCCCUGGCGCAGUGCACGCCUGACCUGUCCGCCGGCGACUGCCUGGCGUGCCUCCGGCGGCUUGUCGGCGCGCUCAACGCUACAAACUCAGUGCGCGUGGGCGGACGGAUGUUCGUGCUCCGUUGCAACGUGAGGUUCGAGCCUUUUAUGUUCCACAACGACAAAAGCAUGCAGCGGGUUCCAUCUCCAUCAUCCAUCGCUCCGGCAACGGCACCAGCACCAGCGCCAGCUCCGGCAAGCAAGAGACAUGGAGUAAAACCUUGGGUAAUUGCCUUAUCGGUAGCUGCUCCUGUAGCGCUAGUUGCACUCUGCUUCAUCGUCCACCAUCGUCGGCGCCUUAGAACCAAGCACACAAUAGAUAAAGGGACAACCUUACAAGGAAAGCGUACUCACGAGUUUCAAGAAAGAGAUGAACUAGUUUGGGAAAUGGAAACGGAGUUGGCUGAGUUUGCAGUAUUUGACUUUCAUCAGAUAUUAGAGGCCACAGUUAACUUCUCGGACGAAAACAAGCUCGGCCAAGGUGGAUUUGGCCCUGUUUACAAGGGCCACUUUCCUGAUGGAAAUGAGAUAGCAGUGAAGAGACUUGAUUCACAUUCAGGACAAGGUUUCAUAGAGUUCAAAAAUGAAGUUGAGCUUAUAGCGAAACUUCAACACAGAAAUUUGGUUAGGCUCAUGGGAUGUUGCUCUCAAGGAGAGGAGAAAAUACUGGUCUACGAAUACUUGCCAAAUAAAAGCUUGGACUUCUUCAUCUUUGAUGAAAAUAGAAAAACACUACUGGAUUGGGACAAACGUCUUGUAAUAAUUGUAGGAAUAGCAGAAGGACUUCUUUACCUACAUAAGCACUCUAGGUUGCGCGUUAUACAUCGAGAUCUUAAGCCAAGCAACAUUCUCUUGGAUAGCGAAAUGAAUGCAAAAAUUUCAGAUUUUGGACUAGCAAAAAUAUUCAGCUCAAAUAACACCGAAGCAAAUACUACAAGGAAAGUAGUUGGUACACUUGGCUACAUGGCACCCGAGUAUGCUUCCCACGGUCUCUUCUCUAUCAAAUCGGAUGUCUUCAGCUUCGGUGUUUUAACUCUUGAGAUCCUUAGCGGGAAAAGGAAUUCUCAUGAAUGUGGAAAUUUCAUCAACCUCCUCGGACAUGCUUGGCAAUUAUUUGAAGAGGAAAGCUGGGUCAAUCUCAUUGAUGCGGCAUUGCUUCCAAACGGUCGUUCGGAAGAAAUGAUGAGGUGCAUUAACAUUGCAUUGCUAUGUGUACAAGAGAAUGCAGUUGAUCGACCAACCAUGUUGGAUGUUGUCGCAAUGCUAAGCAGCAAGACCAUGAUUGUAGAUAAGCCUAAGCACCCGGCAUAUUUCACGGGGGGGAAAGAAGCACCCACUACAACUCAAUCGUGUAGUGUUAAUGAUGUGACUAUAUCCAUGAUAACCCCUAGAUAG